AUGGUCGUCAAUCAGAGCAUGCUGAGAUCAUUCUAUCAACACCGAUCGUCUCUCUUGUCCAUGAGGACCAUGACUGUUACCACGUCGAUACAUAACACUGAAACAUGCGAGGGUGGUGGAUCAGGUCCUUUCGCCUCCCGAGCCAAAGGCCGUCGAUGGCACCGAAGACUAACUACACACAGUGUCACGCCCCCAGAUGAGUCACGUUCUAUGGCCGUGCGAGCUCCUCAUGUCCAGGCGCUGAUCAGGCAGAGGACCGAGUCAGUGAGCAUUUGGGAGUGCACUGCAGCAGGGCUGCGAAUGGCAAAUGAGGCUGGAUAA